AUGGAUAUAAUCAAUGAAAUAAAGGAUUCAGUCGUUAAUGAAAAUGAUUUAAUUUUUUAUUAUAGAAGCUUAUGUCCAAUAAAUGAUUUAUAUAAUUGGCUAAAUUAUAAAAACGACAACAAAAGUAAAUAUUCUCGUUUAAAUGAUCCUAAUUUUUUUUCUAAAAGAGAAUUUUCUUUUACAUGUAAAAAAAGUGAUCAGGGGAAAGAGGAAAUUUAUAUGAGAUGGCUGUCUUUUAAUAACGCCGAAGAAUUUAAAGACAAAUUAUUAUCCAAUUUUGUGCCAAUAAAAUUUGAUAUAGGUGCAGUUUAUAACUAUCCAGUUUCUCAAAAAGAUCAAAAAGGUGAUUUGUUUCAUCCUGUUCAAAAGGAGUUAAUAUUUGAUAUUGAUAUGAAUGAUUAUGAUGAUAUUAGAACAUGUUGUACUGAUAAAAAAGUUUGUAAACUCUGCUGGAAAUUUUUAACAAUAGCGAUAGUAUUACUAGAUACCUCUUUAAGAGAAGAUUUUUCUUUUCAAAAUAUAUUAUGGGUAUAUUCAGGAAGAAGAGGAAUUCAUUGUUGGGUUUGUGAUGAAUCAUGUCGUUUUUAUCCAACAGAUGCUAGAGCUGCUUUAGCAGAUUAUUUGAACAUAUUAUCAGGUGCAGAUACAAAAAAAAAAAAAGUUUCAAUAUGGGGAAAAGAAAAAUAUCCAAUGAUUGAAAGAGCUUUUGAAAUUUGUUAUAAAUAUUUUGAUAUAUUGUUAGAAGAACAAAAUUUCUUUAAAAAAGGUUCUUCUCAUGUUCAAAAAAUAAUUGAUUAUUUACCUUAUGCAUCUACAAAAAAUUUGGAUCCAUUAAAAGGGAUGAAAAUCAAUGAACUCAAAGAAUUUAUUGACAAUAAUGAUUUUAAUUCUAAACAACUUUUUGAAAAGUUAAGUUCUAUUUAUGGUUUUCUAACACCUAAUGAUUAUUUUAAAAAAAAGGAAACUAAUCCAAAUAUUAUUAUUCCUUCAUAUAUUAAAGAAAUAGUUUUUCAUUUUACUUAUCCAAGACUAGAUAUAAAUGUUAGUAAGGAAAUUAAUCACUUAUUAAAAAGCCCAUUUUGUAUUCAUAAUGGUACAGGAAGAGUAUGUGUUCCUUUAGAUUUAAAAAAUAUUGAUAAUUUUAACCCUCAAUUAGUUCCAACUUUAAAAUUACUAAGAGAACAGUAUGACAAUCCUGAAAAUGCUGAUGUUAGUGAAGAAUUUAGAACGUCACUAAAACCUUAUGUUGAUUACUUUCGCCAUCAUUUUGUUGAAAAUAUUUUGAUAUCAUGUGUUGAAAAAAAAAAAAGAAUAAGUGAAAACUCAAAGUAUAUUGAUUAUAAUAAUUUGUAG